GUUUAAACCAUAAACCCUAGGGCUUUAAUCGAAAAGGGGAAUGGGGUCAGAGAGCACGAGGAAGAAGGCGAUGUUAAUGCCUCGAGGAAGAGCACGGUGGCUCACAUUUGUCGACCAAAGGCUGCAGGUACCUGGCGCUCCAUUUUCUUUCUCCAUGAGUGAUCUGAGAGCUCGGCCUUGUUUUGGGUCUUGUCUUGGCAAUCAAAAUGCUAGCAGGCAAUGGACGGAAGAAUCGUCCCUUUGGAGACGCUAGAUCCUUCGUCGUUUGCUGUUUCUUGGUGGAAGCGAUACGAGCGGCGUGUCCAUUCAAUCUCACCGCGCUCGACUUUACUCGAGUCGCCUCCGCUUGUAGCGAUCGAUCCGAGAACUUUGCAAGGAUCCCAAGUUGCUGCAAGAGAAUUGACGCUCUGGUCGGGAUCGCCGCUGCACAGCACGCAAACUCGAGCGGAGAUCUCUGCCUGUCCAAGCCGGCGGCGAGCCUGUGCUUGAGCUCGCUGGUGGCAGCACUGGAUUCCAAUGGCGUGCAUCCACAGGCCUCGCGAGCUUGCGGAGUUCCAAUGAGUCUGAGAGGCCAGUGCCAGUGCAAAGCCGCGGCGCGCGUUCGCGACAUUGUUGGAGCUCCCGGAUUUGAAGGGGUGGUGGCGAGUUGCGAGUCUUUUGGCGGUGGAGAGAUGAAUAGCUCUCGGUGUUCCAGAUGUUCCGCCGCUGCUACGAGGCUCGCCGCCUCCAUCGCCGCUCCAAAUCCGCCCAGAAGUUGUCAAGAGGCCGUGUUUGUGGCGCUGGCGAGCUUCGAGGAUUUUAAGUCGGCCAUGCACAAGGCUUCGUGCUUGUUCCAGCUCCAGCCUCCAAAAAAACUCACUGAGUGCCCACUCAAGCUCACGCCUUGGCAGCUCCAAAACGUAGCAAACGUUUGUAGCAGCAGCGAAAGUCCAGAAUCCUCCUGCUGCUCGGUUUCACUCCUUUUCCUCCGGAUCGCGGCCUCGAAACUGGGUAAAACUUCUGGCGAUUUCGUCAUCCCCCAGAGGCUGGCAAGAGCUUGCAUCGACGAUCUCGGGCCCCGGAUAGCCUCGUCCAGGCAGAGAGUUUGCUCCAUCUCCUCGGACACCAUCGCAAACUCGGCGAGGAGGGGGUGUAACAACAUCGUGAGCUUGCACGAUCUCGAGCACAGGCUUACGGAGCGAGACUUUUCCGUCUCGCGUGUUACGGAGACCUGUGAUCGCUCUUCGUGCCUCGAGUGCCGACGAGCAGCCUUGGAUGCCGCGUACGCUGCUGCCUGGCCUUAUGUCGACGCCACCACCUUGCAGCACUGCAUGGACUUGACGUUUCUCAUGCUGGCCAGCAACGCAUCCGCGAUCAGAGCAACGCAAAUCGGUGGCUGCUUGUACGCUCUGCCUGUGUUUACUCCAGAAGACGAUGUUGCUGUGACCGCCGUGUCUUCUUCUUCUCCUGCAUUGCCUCCAGCUCGUCCAGAAGACGAUGUCUCGAUGUCGUUGCUCCCAGAUCCAAUCAACAAGUUGGCACAUCAAUCUCCAUCGCCGGUCACGAUCGUGUUGGCGAUUGGGAUUGGGAUCACGGGUGCUACAGUGGCAAUUCUCUUGGUGUUGGUGCUCCUGCUGCAACGUAAGAGAGAGGAGAGCGUGCCUCUGUGGAGCAAAGAUAGCGCUCUCGACGUCUGGCAAGGAUCAGAGGCUCUCCGCGCGCUGCGAAGGUUUAAAUACUCGGAGAUAGAAAAGGCGACAAACCAUUUCCAUAGUUUAAUCGGCCAGGGGCGCGGUGCUGCCAGCGCUGUCUACCGAGCAAAGUUUAAAGAUGGCCUGGUCGCCGCAGUGAAGAGAUUCCAUGCGGCACCUCAGCCGCAGAGCGAGGAGGAGUUUAAAAACGAGGCACAUUUUCUGGGCCGACUCUACCACCGCCAUCUCGUCAGCCUUCGAGGAUUCUGCAUGAGAAAGAACGAAAGGUUUCUCGUCUACGACUUCAUGGAGAAUGGUAGCCUCAAGGAGCGUUUGCAUUUGCACCACCGUGGGAGAAGCAAUGGCACGCUUUCAUGGCAGAGACGGCUUCAGAUCGCCAUCGAAGUUGCAACUGGGAUGGAAUAUGUACACUGCUACUGCGAGCCUCCACUGUGCCACGGGAAUCUCAAGUCGAGCAACAUAUUGCUGGACGAGAACUUCGUGGCCAAGGUCGGGGACUUUCGUCUUCCAGCGGCUGCCCCUUUUGGUUGUACGCCAGACAGUGGCUACGUUGAUCCCGAGUUCUCCCACACGGGCGUUCUCACGGAGAAGAGCGACGUUUACAGUUUUGGCGUUCUUCUCCUGGAGCUCGUCUCGUCCAGGCCCGUCACCACCGCCGGCGACAAGCACAUCCUCGACUGGGCUCACGAGUUUUACAACUUCUCCGACGCUCGCCUGGUGGAGAUGGUGGACUCCACUCUGCGGGACCAGAUCGAUCCCGACGAGCUCAAGAAGAUCAUCACAGUGUCGAGGCUUUGCUCGCAGAGCGAGGCAGCAUCUAGGCCCAGCAUGAAACAAGUCGUCAAUCUCCUCCUGGACAACGCCAUCGCGAUCUUCCCGCCGCUAUCCUUCUCCCCGACGAUCAAAGACGACGAUGGCGAUGGCGAUGGCGAUGGAAAGCAGCACAGGAGAGUAAAUUCGGACGAUUCGCUCUCGAUCCACUCGGCCACGGGGAUUCCAUCGUUUAGCACCGCGACUAGCCAUGCCAAAAACCUCUUCCUCUUCUCCACAAGUCCUCACGCACCGUCCUUCUCGUCAUACUCCACGUACUCGCCCAGCUAUUCGUUAAGAUUCUCAUAACUAUAACACCAAAACUAAAAGGGGGGUUUUAAAAGUAAAAAGGAUUCCAGGAUAUUCUCAUGCGGGGAUAUUCCUAUCUGGCAGUA